AUAGCGACACACUCCGAUGCCAGAGACAGGGUCGAUUUAAACAGUAAAAACAUACAGUUUGGGACCAAUAUCAUGGAGGCCGCAGGGUUCUGUGGAAUGGAGGUGGCGACUCGGGGGUUAGUGGGGGGAUCUGGCAGCAGCUCCCCUCCAGAGCUGGACAGCCCAGGUAGCCAGGAGCACCUGGGGAUGUUUGAGCUGGUCAGUAGCUGCUGCAGUGAGGAGGUGAGAGGGGAGACUCCAGGGAGAGAGGACUGCCCCCUGGACCCCAACAAUGAUGAGCUGGACCCAGGCGGUGGUGGUGGCAAGAUCAAGGACCAAAAGGGAUUGGGAAAAGAGGUUCUCUUACUGAUGCAAGCCCUGACCACACUAGCCUCCCCAGAGGAGAAGCUGGCCGCUUUGUGCAAGAAGUAUGCUGAUUCGCUGGAGGAGAGCCGCAGUAUACAGAAGCAGGUGAAGGUGCUGCAGAAGAAGCAGUCCCAGAUGGUCAAAGAGAAGAUCCACCUGCAGAGUGAACACAGCAAGGCCAUCCUGUCACGCAGCAAGCUGGAGAGCCUCUGUAGGGAACUGCAGAGACACAAUAAGACCCUCAAGGUAGGUGGUGAGGAGAGUCUGUCACACAGCAAGCUGGAGAGCCUCUGUAGGGAACUGCAGAGACACAAUAAGACCCUCAAGGUAGGUGGUGAGGAGAGUCUGUCACACAGCAAGCUGGAGAGCCUCUGUAGGGAACUGCAGAGACACAAUAAGACCCUCAAGGAUGACAACACGCAACGGUCCAGAGAGUAUGAGGAGCGUCGGAAGGAGGCCACCCUUCACUUCCAGAUGACGCUGAACCAGAUCGAGGUGCAGAUGGAACAGCACAACUCUCACAACUCCAAGCUGCGCCAGGAGAACAUGGAGCUGGCCCAGAAACUCAACAAGCUCAUCAAACAGUACGAGCUCAGGGAGGAGCACAUUGACAAGGUGUUCAAGCACAAGGAGAAGCAGCAGCAGUUGGUGGAUGCCAAGCUCCAGAGGACAGCUGAGCUGAUGAGAGAGUUGGAGGGGAAGCAGCAGAGAGAGAGAGACUUUCUCCUGAAAGACGCCACAGAGUGGAGACAUGAAUGUGAGCUGUUGAAGGGACAGGAGACGCAGCUCAAACAGCAGCUCUCUUUGUACAUGGACAAGUUUGAGGAGUUUCAGACCACUCUGGCGAAAAGCAACGAGGUGUUCACUACCUUCAGACAGGAGAUGGAGAAGAUGACCAAGAAGAUCAAGAAGCUGGAGAAGGAGACGACUCUGUGGAGAACGAAGUGGGAGACAAACAACCAGGCUCUGCUACAGAUGGCUGAGGAGAAGACACUGCGGGACAAACAUUACAAGGGCCUGCAUGGGAAGCUGGAGUGCCUGGAGAAACUGUGCCGGGCUUUGCAGAAGGAGAGGGACGACCUCACCCCCAAACUGGGAGACCUACAGUCAACAACCGAGGAGAAGGAGGAGGGGACGGGACCUCCAGACCCCCAGCCCAGCCAGGAGUCUACCCAGGAUGAGAUGUCUCCGCCUGGGAGGGGGGAAGAGACGCAGCCCCUUACUACCCCUGAACUGGAGCGAGAGUCCUCCACCACAGAGCAACUUGACAACUGAGCCACUAACCCCCUCUGCCUUUUGGGGGGUAUAUUUGAAUACAGUAUAUCUUUUUUUUUGUGUUGAAGUUAUAAUUAAGAUUAAAAUGACUGCAUAAUUAACAAUGAAUAUAAUACGUUUUGCGGUGAGCACGAGGCUCCCCCCUUUUCUACCACAUUUGUAUUUUCUUAGAUGAUUGUCUUCAUGCUGUUGGUUAGUUACAGGGCUGUUGUUCAGCAGCUUUCUCGUGGUCAGUCACAGGGUUGUUGUU